UACAGUACAGCUAGCAUUUCUGGAGUGUAUUGGGGUUAGAGUAUAAAUAGGGUCCCCGUGAGUAGCUCAUCCUCACUUCUUCACAGCACGUCUUGCUGAAUACAUCAACCCAGCAUAAGAGGGCAUGGAGGAUGCGGAGAGGUGACGGCAGUAUGGCAUAUACGACCGACUCCUGCUGGAGCUCUGGAACGAGGACCACGCCUCCUUCAUCAACUUCAUGCGGAUGGCCCCCGAGAUGUUUGACGAGCUACUAGCCAGAGGGGGUCCCAGGCUAACCAAGCAGCAUACCCAGGUAUGCUACAGGGCGCCGAUCGAGCCUGGCCUGAAGCUUGCCCUGACUCUCCGUCACCUUGCCUCUGGGAGCAGGUAUGCAUCGAUGAAGUUUGGCUGGAGUGUCCCUCACAACACCCAGUCACUCAUCGUCCGAGAGGUGUUCCAGGCAAUCAUCAAUGAAUACCUGGAGGAGGUGAUGAGCUGCCCCACCACUCCUGGUGGAUGGCGCACCAUUUCCGAGGAGUUCCGCACCAAGUGGAACUUCCCCCACACCUUAGGGGCACUUGAUGGGAAGCACAUUGCGUGCCGGUGUCCUCCAAACAGUGGGUCCAUGUACUACAACUACAAAGGAUGCUACUCCAUUGUUCUGAUGGCGCUAGUAGAUGCGGACUACAAGUUCAACUGGGCAAAUGUCGGUGGUAUGGGGUCAGCGUCAGACGUUCAGAUCUACAACCACUGUGAGCUGAAGGAAGGCGCCGAGAAUGGUACCAUAGGUUUCCCUGACCCGGAUUCUAUGCCCAACGGCACCCAGGAUGUGCCCUACUACUGGAUCGGUGACGAUGCCUUCGCCCUACGCCACUACAUGAUGAAGCCGUACGGGCAGCGAUGUUUGACAAAGGAGGAAAGGAUCUUUAACUACAAGCUUUCCCGUGCCAGGAGAGUAGUAGAGAAUACAUUCGGCAUCCUGUCAAACCGCUUCCAGGUCCUGCUGAGUACCAUGCAGCAUCACCCGUCCACUGUGAAGCUCAUCGUCACCACAUGCGUCAUCCUGCACAACAUGAUGAGGAUGCGGCACCCACGGCUCCAGAACCAGCAGCUUGACCGUGCAGAGAACACAAUUAUGUCCCAGGUGCAUGGAGACUAGGCCAGAACCUAGAGGACACACAGAGUGUCUGGACCACCCAACGCCUCCAUGGACGGGAAGACACAGAGGGAGCUCAUCAAACAUUGGGUGAACUCACCAGGCGGUGCAGUUCCGUGGCAAUACAGGAUGAUCUAGGAUAUGAAUAUUUUGAUAUGUUGACCA